AUGGGGUCGCCUGAUACCCCGACGCCCGGUCAUGUAGAAACGGGGAGAGGAGGUGGUGGAAGAAGCGGCGACGGCGGGGGGCGAAGUGGCGGCGGCACCGGCGGUCGAAGGGGCGGCGGCGGGCGAGGCGAAGGGUCAGCGCAAGGCGGUCGCGGAGGAGGCGAUGGCGGCGGCGGGCAGGAAGGCGGCCGCGGUGGUGGCGGAGAAGGCGAUGGCGAUGGUAGUCGACGGGGGUUUCUGUACACGGACAAUGAGUCCGUUGCUAUUGCUAGGUCAUGGGACGUAGUGACGACAGAUGCCAUAGUUGGCACGGAUCAGACCGACUUAUGCUUCUGGCGGAAAGUCCUGGUGGUGUACAAUCAAUUCAAACCGCCGGGGAGCGUCGACCGUACACCCGAUCAGAUCCGGAAGAAGUUCGGCAGGAUCACUAUAGCUCUCCGGAAGUUCAUUGGUAUAUACGAGAACCAAUUGCGCACUGCUGAGAGUGGCCGCAGUGAAGCCGACGUAAAAUCCUUGUCGAUAGCCAUCUGCGAGAACGCGUCUGAUUCUGGGCCGAGGCGUCCAAGACGGAGCAGGGCCGGCAACUAUAGCAGUAGUAGCGGCGGUUCAAGGACCUUCGACCUCAACGACGAGGUUAUGGAGGAGCCCCCCUCGUCACUAUCCCGGCGUCCACGGCCCCUGGGUCAACAGUCCGCAAUCCGAGCCGCUAGAUCUGGCUCCGCCGCUGCUUCCCAACACUCUGCUGCGGGCCCGUCUGCAUCCGCCCCUGGAUCGGCCCGAGCGACGUUGAAAAACACCCUGGAGGUGCAGAUGAUAAAGGAACUCAAGGACACUCUGGUCUUGUAUGAGAAGUCGACCGACCCGCCUACCAAGAGGAUGUACUACGACCUUAUAGUGAGGCUGAGGACGUUGUUGGGGUGGGGGGACACGGCGACGGCGGCGACGGGACCUCAGAGCGGUGGUGGUGGUGGUGACGGUGAUGGCUUGGCGGUGACGAUGCAACGGGUGAAGAAGAAGUGGCGGAUUCCGAUUAUGACAUCGAGUAGUCGGCGAUGGCGGUGUUUUUUUUAG